AGCGACGUCCUUCCAAGUCUGGCGAGCAGCUCCGGCGUUCUUCCAUCGCGCCGGCGACGUCCACAUAGCGACCUCCAGGCCGGCGACGAAUGAUGACGACCCACCUCCAGCUCCUUGCCGGUGAAGAAACAGAAGGCCCACACACAAACCAGAAGCAAAUCCAGAUCCAUUUUGGGCCAUUUAAAUGACAUAUCUACCCCUGCAAAUCUGAAAUUAUGGAUGAUUCCGGCAAUCUUUUGAAACGGUACCUCUACGUUACAUCCCAAGAUCUGGCCUAUCUUUGAGAGGGUUAUGGUGCUAUCAAUGAUAUUAGCACGAGAAACCGAACAAGCCAAAGGUCGCGAACAUGUUUUAGCCACACCAUUGCUUGAUGUGCAAUCAGUUCAUAUACUACCGAAACCAGCACACAAAGGCAGGCCAGUUUUUGUGUAUGGUAGGAUUCAUGCUAAGUAUCUGCACAUCAGUGAUGGUAGACCAAUGCAUCUUGACAUUUAUAGCCGAAGCCGUAAUGAUGCUGAAAACAUUAGACCUACUGUCACUUGGCCUGAUAAUCAGGAGGUCCAUGACUUGUGGAUGAAAUUGGACAAAACACCAAUAGCUGUGGAUCUCGAUCUCAAAAUUGGAGAUCAGACGGCUCUACUUGCCGUAGAUGACAUUUUAGUGGGGGAUACAACUGAAGGUCCUUUUGAAGAAGUGAAAUCAAAAGAAGUCGGUGGAAAACUUUGCUCCGCUACUGUUGUUUAUAUUGCAAUGCCAUUUGCUACUUUGGGUUGAUUGGGUGUUCUUUUCUCUAGCAAUGACAAAAGCAUCCAUCAAGUUAAUGUUUCCGGUAAAAUAUCUGCACGAUAUAAGAACACUUACGGCAACUAUGACUUGGAAGAAUGUACUCUUUUUGAGAGUAAUAAUGCAUUUGAGCCUAUAAAUUUAAAUUCAAAGGGAUCCUUGAGGCUCUCCAGAUACUGGUUAGGGAAGCCUCCUUAUUCAUCACUCAUUCUUGAUCUGGAUUUGAGAGACUUCGAUGCCAACAGAAUGCUCAUCAAAAGAAAAGUGGAAUUAUUUGACCGGAAUGGUAUAUUAUCAACUGAGCAUGUAGUGACAGUAGAUGGUUUGACCAUUCAUGUGCAUAUGCCUAUGUUUUCGUAUCAACCUGAUGGCUGCUGCUAUGAGAGCAGUGAUUUGGAUGAGGUGCCAUCAUCAUAGUAUGCCAGUGAUACCUCGUGCAUCAAACUUAGUGGAGUUCUACUCUGUUCUUAUUGGUCGUAGAAAUUUGAUUGCAUUGAAUGUGUCAGGCACUAUUGAAAUCACUUCCUACCAUAAUACACAAUGUCUAUUCAAGAGUAUUGGUGACGAUGUUGUGAAAAUGGAAGGAGAGAAAGUUCUUCCAUUGUUGGAAGUGGACAAAGAAAUUUAUGAUUGCGAGAUGCUUGAGUUGAAAAUCAAUCUAAAAGAUGUUGACGGGAAGUAUAAGAAUAAAGGUUUUCUUACUUACAUGCUUGGUUUCAGCCGAUAUCCUUUUUGGUUCAACACCCAGCGAUGUUCUGUUAUCCCAGGCGAAGAUGGGUUUUGCGCUCUAUUUUAUUCCAUGUUCCGAAAAGCUUGUCUUGCUGACAUUGAGGUGCAUUUCAAGGUCAAGAAUGUUUGUGAUUCCUUGAUUUAUGGAAGUGUAGUAGCUCAAUAUAGUGAUUUCGACUACUCAACUCAGUUCAAGAGAGUAUUUUCGAAGUGCGCUUUUUAAAAGGUCUAAGAAAGAUCUAGCAGAAUUAGGGGUUGAUGGGAAGGUACCACUCGCUCGUUGUGUGGUUGUGGUUCCAAUGCAUUCAAGUCUUCUUCUUGAUUUGGAUCUCUGUGGGUCAACUUUGAAUGAUAGUUUAUCAUUCAAAAAAGAAUUUCAGAUUGGACAUCAUUUGUUUACGAUGGAGACAGCUCUCUAUGAGCUUGACAUUAAGUUGUCUUGGAGAGAUGCCUCUUACUAUGAUUCAGGAAUGGAGAAAAUGGAAGAUAUGAACUUGGUCAGUCUAAAAGGAAAUAAUUCUGCUAGGGAGCACUCGUCGUAUCAUUAAGAAUUGCAAGAACACGUCUCAGAAAGAGUGCACAAGGAGCGUUCCUCGGAAGAAGAGCCAUUUGAGUUGCAAAUUAAUGUGGAAGCUUCUGAGUUUCCACAGCCAUCUCGGGAAGAACCAGUUGGGGAGAUCACAAAACUUAGCGAUGCUUCCAUAGCCACUCAACUUGUGAAUAAGGAAGAAGGAGAAAUGAUUCAAGUCUUAUUCUUCAUGUGGAUCUCUGUGGGUCAACUUUGAAUGAUAGUUUAUCUUUCAAAAAGGAAUUUCAGAUUGGACAUCAUUUGUUUACGAUGGAGACAACUCUCUAUGAGCUUAACAUCAAUUUGUCUUGGAGAGAUGCCUCUUACUAUGAUUCAGGAAUGGAGAAAAUGGAAGAUAUGAACUUGGUCAGUCUAAAAGGAAAUAAUUCUGCUAGGGAGCACUCGUCGUAUCAUUAAGAAUUGCGAGAACACGUCUCAGAAAGAGUGCACAAGGAGCGUUCCUCGGAAGAAGAGCCAUUUGAGUUGCAAAUUAAUGUGGAAGCUUCUGAGUUUCCACAGCCAUCUCGGGAAGAACCAGUUGGGGAGAUCACAAAACUUAGCGAUGCUUCCAUAGCAUGUGGACCUAAAGGGAAAUCUCGACCACCUGCUAGUGUGCCAUUACUAUUUACCAAGGGCACACCACCUCCUCCAGAACGGAAACCAGUUCUCUGGCAGUCAAAUGCUUUCUCAAUGGUUUUACGUGAUUUCAAUUGUCAACGGGUUCAUAAAGGCUUUUAUCAGGAAGGGAAAUCAUUGUCUUUGUUUGUCAAGAACUUACCAACUACGGUAUCAAUUCAAGAUAUUGUUUCAAAACAUUGGAACAAUCAAGCAAGGUGGAGUGUUUUUGAGAAAGGGCGAGGAUGUUGGCAUCUGCCAUGCAUUUAUUGAAUUUGAACAUGUCCGAGGCUUCUCCAAUAGAAUUAGAUGGAAGGCAAAGUCUACAUACAGGAGACGAUACAAGUCAACAAGAACAACGCUUCUCGUGGGAGAGGUAUGUUCUUCCAACUAUAACUCCGCACUUAUUAUGGUUAUUCAUUGCUUUCAUAUUUCCAUUUGCGCGAUUCUCAAUUGUUUGCCUUUUCCAUGUCUUGUUAGUCUGUUAUACCCGAACCGGGGGUCUAAACGAGUGGCUAUUUUGAUGAGGAAUCAAGGAAUGAUUCAGCUUUAGUUCAGGGUUCUGGAGCAGGAGAUAAUCGAUUUACACAAAGUGACAAUCGAUUACUGAAAGCUGUAGAAUUUCUGGGGAAGCUGAUAGUCGAUUAUCUUAAAGGGAUAAUCGAUUAUUGAGCCCUGCAGGUGUUUCCAAUGGGAUUAAUAAUCGAUUGUGGGAAAUGAUAAUCGAUUAUUUGGCAGAAUUCUGGGCAGGAAGAAGGGUGUUUUUGUGGGGGAAUGGACUGGAAAUAUAUGGAGUUGAUGAGGGAGUUCUUUUGGGUAUUUUAAUUGGAAGAAAAGAGUGAGAUUAAGAGGAGAAAUGGGGGGAUAUGAAAUGGAAGAAAAAUCAGGGAUGGAUAAACCAAGUUGGUGUUUAAGAGAUAUUACACACUCUUAGCCUAACUUGGGGUUUGAAUCUAGAAUUUAAAUAAGAUAUUACACACUUA